GCGCUUUGUAAAGGUUAACGCUCCGGGUUAACCCUUUAUUGGUCUGUAGCAGUGUGAAGGGGCACAACACGAUCCGGGGCACACCGAUGAUCCUCUUGGAUACAUGUGGACGUUUUUAUUUAGUUUGGCUUUGCUGUACAGCGGCGGCUCGUGGGGAUCCAGAAAUAUAAAAAGGAUGAGGAAUGGUGAAGCUCUGCCAGCCUUUCAUUCUGCACUCAACCGAAGAGAGACAGACAGACGGAGCGAGUGCGAGGCUCCCCGAGAGACUGACAAGUGGAGGUAGACGGGACGACCUACAUCCUGCUGUUUCCGUGGAGAUCUAGGACACUCCUCCGCCUGCUCAGUUUUUACAACCGACUGCGGAACAAGCCAGAGGAAAACAAGAGAUUUGUGCUUUUUUAAGACACACUUAAAUACUUGGAGGAGUCUGGACACUGAAGUGGAUAGAUGAGGGUUACUAAUGCACAGCUCCAGAUGUUCUUUAUCAUUUGGCACUUGAGCCCCCUCCUACCCUAACUACACUGAACUUUCAAUAAGCAGAUUUUACGAGAAGAGCUGUUUUUGUCAUCCCCUUGACCUCUAACCUGCUCCUUUCCCCUAAGUAACAUUUCAAACUGGCUGCCACGACACGAAGAUGGAAAAUCUGACGUCAGCCCUCAAAACACUAAGCAAGAACUCAGAGGACCACAACUGCAACGAGACCUUCAGCAGCUAUGAAGAGUCUCUUCCCUCGGCCGAAGGGAGUCCAUCCCGCAUGGGUCGCUCCACCAAGACCAAAAACAACAUGAACUGCAGGCGAAAGCGGGAGUUUAUUUCCGAUGAGAAGAAAGACGCCUGCUAUUGGGAGAAACGCCGCAAAAACAACGAGGCGGCCAAGCGCUCCCGGGAGAAGCGACGUCUCAAUGAUAUGGUUUUGGAGAACCGUGUCAUUGCACUGAAUGACGAGAAUGUGAGGCUGAAGACGGAGCUGCUCCAGCUGAAGCUGCGUUUCGGCCUUAUAAGCACUGCCUCCUACAUUGAAAAGAGCCAGCAGCUCGGGGCAAGCAACAACACGGGGAAUGGAGGGUCUUUAACGCCCUCCUCCUCUUCUGCCCAGUACUACUCCAGUGGUUACUCUAGCGGCUCUCAGGUGAUGAUGAACUCUGAUUCCUCAGAAACAGAGCAGUCCGGGCACAGGCAGCUGGUGAAAUACUCCCCACGUGGCUCCCUCUCCGACAUGUCCGACGGCUCCUCCAGGGACAGCCCCGAGCCAAUUCCCUUUGAGAUCAAACAGGAAGUUGACAGGAUAGAGAUGGACAUUACCAAUGGCACCAGCACCCAGAUCAUGUUCAACAUCCACAGUGGCCUGGCCGCUGUGCCAACCCACCACCAGAUCCAGCAGCAUUCUCAGGAGCUGGAGGCUGCAUAUCAGAGCCAGCAGCAGCAGCAGCAGCAGCACCACCACCACCAACAGCAACAGCAACCCCAUCAGGAGCCUGUCAUCAACACUGUCAGCCAGCCCAACCCUCACCCCCCAGCCGCACAGAGGAGCGUCAUUCUGUACGGCUCCAGCAGCGCCUCCUAUCCCGUGGAAAGGCACCAGGACAUCGACAUGCAGGCAGCCCACAAACAGAGCCAGGCGAGCGUCGGCCGACUGUCUCUUCCAGAGAACUCCACAGAGACACUGGCGGAGGUGACAAAGCAGCUGGAGAUGAAGACGUUAGACUCCCCUCAGUAUGAUGUUGCUGACAGUCGUAAUGAGGCUGGAGAGAGACAUGCGUACAGAGUUUGCCAACUCCCCCAGCAGCACCAGCAGGAGAGAGAUUCAUCUGCAGAGGGGGUCAACCAAUCCCACCUGUACCACCAUCUCCAGCAGCCCCAGCAUUCAUACCUCAGUGCCCAGGACGAGGGGCCGCCGGUGCUCACCUACGAAGGAACCGAGUCUUACGACAGAGUCCAGCCGAGGAAGGACCAGUCGUCCAGAGACGGAGAUCCUGACAAAGACGCCCCGACGGACGAUGAGGAGCCCCCUUGCUCAGAUAUGAACAACUACCAACAGCUUACCAGCCUGCACCAUCCUGCCUCGCCUCCGCCCUCCUCCCAGGUAAACCCUCAGGUCCAAGGUCGAGAACCCCUGGGGGAGGUGAAGGGCACCGCAUUGCCCCACAAACUCAGACUCAAACACCGGGCCAUGAGCACCGGUAGCAGUGGGGGUUCGGGCCAGGAAUCCCCAACAACCCCUUCUUCUGCAACGCCGCCUCCCCUGCCCCAGCAUCCCUACUUGUCCCUCUUGCCUCAGCAGAACACUACGCGGGAGAGCCCGGUUGGAGGCUUUAAACAAGCGGAGGGGGGCAAAAAGAAGGAGACAGGUGGGCGACGGAACAAGAGGCGAGAUUAACCGCUUUCUGAACUUGUCACAACAAAGGGCAUCACUUUGCCUCUGAGAACUACCCUGCCAUCAUGCCUUCGCCCUGUAAUCAAACCCCCUCCCUUGAGCCCUUGGGACAGGAAGCUGGGCUUUUCUACUCCCCUCUCCUCACCUCACAAAGGCUGGACAUCUUGUAGGGCUGUGUCGUGUUUGUAUAUAUUGUACAGAUUUGUCAUUUCUUAAAUCCUCUCCAUAUCUACAGAAGCACUUUUUUUUAUGUGAAGAGAGGAGGAAUGGAACUACCUGCUUUUCGUCAACAUUUAGAUUGCGUACAAACGAGAAUGUUGGACAAAGAAAAGUUUUGAGCUUUAUUAGUACUAUAAAUCUGGUACAUAUCUGACUGUAGACAAACAUACACACAUGUAUGGCUAUCUGCCUUAAUUUAAAUCUAAUGCAAACGAACACUGGGGACAUUCCCUUGACCAAAGAGCCACCAACACUACAAAUAUCAAGUUCCAUACCUCUUCCCCGACCCUACCUCUACCAACCCAUACUCUCCCCGACCAUCUCCAUUGUUUCACGAAAAGAUCGCCAUCACCUUUAUUUUUUAAGCACUUGUUUUGUAUAUUACUGUGACAUAUGAAUAUAUGUAUCUAUUAUAAAUAUAUAUUUUGCAAAGAAAUUUGAAUACAAAUUCAACACAAAUGGGACAAACCUGAGAUGGUUAACGAGGGUUUAGAAAGUGACCAUCCUAAAAAUGAAUCACAAUUACUGUACAGCCAUGUUGUCCACUGAUGCUACAGGACCCAUUCGAUUCAAAACGCCUCUCUUUUGAUUGUUAAGCUUUAGCAUUAAUGGCUUUGUUAAUGCCCUGUUUACACAGAAAUGGCCGUCCAGUUUGGAGCGCCAACAGCACUGAAUGGAGAACAUGUUGUUUCCUGAGGCGAGCUUUCUCCUUAAAAUGUUUGGAUUGCUUAACCUUUAACCAGCCUUUGAAUAUUUGGUGGACUUCACCAGCUGCAGGCUAUGAGCCUUUAUUUUAUUUUAGCUUUAUGAACCAUAUCUUGUUGUUGUUGUUGUUGUUGUUGUUGUUGUUGUUACCAUUCACUGGCCCAAUGUAUUUAUUUCCCUGCUCUCCACACGCCCAUCACUGUAGAAAAAAGCCCACAGGAUCAUAGACGGAGAAUGUGUACAGACCUUUUCAGAUGAAGCCUUUGAACAGUAAUGGAGGUAUGGGAUGCUCGAGGAGUACAGUCACGUAAACAAUGCACUGAACGAGUUCCUCUUGUGUAGAAGAGUUACUAUACAUCAAUUGACAUGAAAUGAGGUUUUGUAGUGGGCCCAAUCACGGCCCUUGAGGUCCUUAUUGGCUCCCACAUGAUCACAUAGUUGUGAAAUAAAAACGGGGGGCACAAUUCAUUUACUUUUUAUUCAAAUUGCAAUAAAGACUAAUGUCAUUUCCACUUUGUAGAAGCAAAAUAUUAGUUUAGGCUAAAUAUGAGACAAAAUACAGCUUUAAAUGAAGUGCUGUUGGGCUGAAAACGUGAUAUCGUUUUUGAAGUAUCACACCAUGAUCGUUUUAGGUUUUUCAAUGAGAGUCGUCGUUCAACAAUGAUCUUUUCCAUAGAAUGUGUAUUUAAGGCUCAAUAUGGUAAAGUACCAUUUUGAAGCGUUAGGGUUAGCAUUGUGGGGCGACAGAGAUUCUUCCAGACACUUAAACCAUAUUUCAAUUGCAAUAUUAAUCAAAAAUAUUGGCAAUCACAUAUCUCGUUGUAAUCGUGCAGCCCUUAAAUUAAAGCUGAUGCAAAACCAAAAUCCUCCAAUUGGUGCCGACGUCAAGUUUGAGCUUGAAGUAAUUCAGAAAUGACUUCCCUCGUCUCCCAUUAACCUCCAUUGUUGAUUUCAGGGGUCGUUCAUCCCUUUCUCUACUGGGCAGUGAUGAAUUUCUGCACUGGAUCCUAGUUUAGCGAAAGUCUAUGUACCCCGUUUGGCUUUUUGGUGCUUGUGUAUAAAUGUAAAGACCCACCCCACCCCCCACCCCGACCCCGCCCUGGAACAACACUGUAAUGUUUAUUUCAUCGGUUUUAUAUCCUCUUUUAUUUUCGUCGAUGUGUUGUUCUGUUUUCUCUACUCUGUGUCUUUUUCUAUUGACUGUAAUGACAUGUAUUUGCCUCAUUCCUCGUCCAUCCCCACCCCACCCAACCCCCCCCAUCCCCCCUUUUUUCAGUGUGUAUUAAUCAGUAAUGUUUGUGGUUUUGCUGAUGGUUUUAUGAAAAAAAAAAAGAGGACAAAAAAAAGAAACAGGCGAAGAUAGCGUGGUGUUUAGAGAGGGGUGGUGGUUGGUCUGGUUGGUCAUUACCAUCGCUUCCUUUUGACAUGGAUUUGUAUGUAAAGACACAAAUGUUCAUGUGGAAGAUGAGAGCAUCUCAAGAUUGAAAAAUAAAAGAAACAGAAUGUUGACCCUUUCAACAUAUCAUUGAAAA